UAAAACGGUCAUGCUGAUUUGCAGCCUAUCCACUUUCUUUUCACCUAAUAAUACAUCAAAAGAAACAUGAAGAAAAGCUUUUGCUACUUUGCCUGGAGAUUACUUUCUAUGAAGACAAAAAUUUUCAAGGCCGCCACUAUGACUGUGAUUGCGACUGUGCCGAUUUCCACAUGUACCUGAAUCGCUGCAACUCCAUUAGAGUGGAAGGAGGCACCUGGGCUGUGUACGAAAGACCCAACUUUGCUGGGUACAUGUACAUCUUACCUCGGGGCGAGUACCCUGAGUUCCAGCACUGGAUGGGCCUCAACGACCGCCUGGGCUCCUGCAAAGCUGUUCAUCUGUCUAGUGGAGGCCAGUAUAAGAUUCAGAUCUUUGAGAAAGGAGAUUUUAAUGGUCAGAUGCACGAAACCACUGAAGACUGUCCUUCUGUCAUGGAGCAAUUUCGUAUGCGAGAGGUCCACUCCUGUAAGGUGCUGGAGGGUGCCUGGAUUUUCUACGAGCUGCCCACCUACCGCGGCAGACAGUACCUCCUGGACAAGAAGGAGUACCGGAAGCCCAUCGAUUGGGGCGCAGCUUCCCCAGCGGUCCAGUCUUUCCGCCGCAUUGUGGAGUAAUGACGCGGAUGGGGCCAUAAGCCACUUCCUGGGGACCAAGCGCUGGCUGGCCUGGUCAUCCAAAUAGGCAUCAUAAAUAAAGCAAUUGGCAUGCAUUCCA